UACCGCCGACUUCGUGGAUAUCAAAUUGGCAUAAACGUCUUAAAAAAGGUCAUCCACCAACCUUAGAGGAUAGUCAAACGCAUGAUUGGCAUAAUCUUUCUUUUGACACUCUUUGCUACAAUAAUACUUAG